AAAAUCCUCCUCGAAAUAACACUUAACUCACUUAAAUACACAAUUAAUCGUGCAAGCGCCCCUUUUUACCCUUUCUAAAAGAGCAAGAAAUCUUGAAAAUCCAUUGAUUCGUUUGAAACGCGAUUUUAUGAUUUAUGCGUUAAUUUCAUACAUAUGUGACAGAGCACAUGGCAUGCUUCGACGACCCUUUUGUCUUGUGUGGAGACUAGCGAGUGAUAUUCAAAUUUCAGUCACUUUACCCGAGUGAAUCAGGAAAUCAAGCGGGGAAUUCGCUCUAUUAACUAACGAAGAAACACGUCUCCCACUCACCGCAAUGACUUGAGUAAUAACGAAGACAUGUGAAGACUUGACUUGUGAAGACAUGAUUCCCUGCUCAUACAAGCGCAUUGAGGAUGAAAGUCUUCCUGAUAACAAAGGUGUAAAAAGCAGAGAGAAGCUAUUUUUAACUUUACAAGAUAUUGACCGUGGCUUCAUUAUCUCAAAGUUAUUUUACUUCUUGUUCUACUCGUCUCUUGGGGCUUUAUUUCCAUUUUUAAGCUUGUACUACAAGCAGUUAUGGCUCUCACCGAUCCAGAUUGGAAUCUUGUUGGCCUUGAGACCAAGUGUGAAACUUGUUUGUUUGCCUCUUUGGAAAAUGGUCACCGAUAAAUUCAGUAAAUACAAGUUUGUGUACUUCAUAUCCAUGUUCGGCUGGAUUAUUGGGUAUCUUGGCCAAACGUUCGUAUGUCCUGUACAACUGCCUUGUUAUGUAGAAAACCCAUUAACAACCCAAGUGGCGAUCCCUACUACAUAUUUGGCGCCAUUCAACCAAUCGGGUAAAUUAUUAAACCUUUCAACACGAAAUGUCACCUCGAUAAAUUCCUGGAAUGGAAAUGACAUGAAACUGAUAAAACGAGACAGAUCUGAUCGUUAUACAGUCUUACCGUAUGAGAAAUUUUCAACAACCGAUGGUGAGCUUUCUGCUAAGGAUAAUGAAUUUUUAUCGAGGUUACUGGCGAAGGGCCCUGGUCCCGCUUCACUUAUUGUCCAUAGGAAACUCAUAAAAGAAUCCGAAAUGUCAAAGAAGCCUACAGUCGGUCACCAGAAAGAAGCAGGAUACCACAAAGCGCCAGAGAGAGAAUUUCUAGGAGAAAAACGAUUGCUCUUCGAGAGAAAAAAAGGCGCAGAGAAGCAACUCCUGCAGAAAAGGAAUGAAAACUAUGCAACUAUAGAACCUCUUGUGCUCAAGCGUUCCUCCACACAUUUCUCAAAGAGUAAAUCUACCCUUACUAAAUCGAAAUCUAAAACCAGCCCUCAUCCAUCCCAUGACUUUAGAGUUCACUACAAUUCUUUGAUCUUUCUGACUCUGCUGGUGAUCGUUUUUCUAACCGAAGUCCUGACAACACCAACUCUAAUGCUGGCCGACAGCGAGGUGGUACAAGCUCUAGCUAACACAGAAAGCAGGUACGGCGAUCAGAGGCUCCUCGGCUCUUUUGGCCUCGCCCUCGCAGCUCUUUUGGCCGCACUGUGGACCACGCUGUGGAGCGAGUGUCACUACACAGACACCAUUAAUUACUUGCCUUGUUUCUACUUGUUCGAGAUCGCUCUAGCUGCCACCAUCAUCAUCAGCCUUUUCUUCAAGCUCGAUUCGCCAGAUAUUGAGGGAAACGAAGUGAACAUUUUUGAUGGUCUGAAAUUCUUUAAGACUCCUCGAGCAGGAUUUUUUCUUUUGACGAUUUUCUUGCUUGGAUUUGCGCACAGCAUACAGAUUUCGUUCCUGUUCUGGUUUCUUCAAGAUUUAGGCGGUACACCUAUACUUUUCGCGGUCAUCAUAAUUGUGUACUCGUUUGCAGAAGUGGUUAUGUAUUUCUCGUCAAGUUUUGUGGUUCAGAAGAUAGGACAUCAAGGGACAUUAAGUCUUGCACUGGCUUGUUACACUGCACGCUUUCUCAUGUACGCCAACCUCACGGAUCCUUGGCUGGUAAUACCUAUCGAGCUUGUACAGGGCUUGACCUAUGGCGGUGUGUGGUCUAUCGCACCCACCUACAUCAGCGUGCCUGAAGAAGCUUUGAGUAUGAUCCAGAACAUUCUUCAAGGUGCGUACUGGGGUGUCGGGAUGGCUGCAGGCUCACUGAUCAGCGGUGUUGUAAUUCAAGCAUACGGGGUUCAAACAGAGUUCAGCGUGGUAGCGGUAAUCGCGUUUGCACUGUUUACCGUUCACGUGUCUCUCGUUAUUAGCGACAGAGUAAAGGCUAUCGACGAAGAGCUUGCGCAGAGAAAGCAGGAGGGAUUAGAUAAUUUACUAGCGGUGAAGAGAGAGCCCACACUAUUCAUUUGUGCGCCGGCAGCUCCCCUUGUGCCAUGCUUAUUCUACGCAAGAUGACUAAAGCCACCUGCUGCAGUUGAUUCGUAAAUAGUUGGCUCUUGAUAACUGGAAUUUCUAAGGAAAAUCGGGUUAGUUAGAGUUAUCAGGAGUUAUCAAAAUAAUGAUGGUACUUUUCUCAUUCCCAUACUAAAAAUAACCCCGGAGGCUCGAUUUCAUCUUAACUCCAUUCAUAUAUAUUCUUAAAAGUAAAAUUUUAGGCACCGCGGUGAUCCUAGAACCUAAACAGAACAGAAUCAGAACCGAAACAGAACCUAAUAGCAAGGGGGGGGUAAUUGUUAAUAACAAAAAAAAAUCAAAAUUACCUAUUUUCUGCAUAGAAUUACAGAGUAGGGCUGGAAAUACGUCAAAAAAAAUUUACAGCGAUUUUUGCGCUAUUUUGCGGAUUUUAGCUAAAUUUCUAUUUCAGUCAUCACUAGCAUGAAAUACCCAAAAGGCGAUCCUACACAUACACAUAGCUCAAUACAAUUGAAUAAAAAAAUACGAGGAAACGAAUUUGGAUUUUGUUCGUAUAAAUAGCAGCUGGUAGGAACAUUUUUUUUUCUUUCUUUAUUUUUCUUGCUUUCUUUAUUUUUGUUUUUAUUUGAACAGAUCAGAAACUAGUCCAAAAAAAAUUAUGCAGAUCUCAUAAAGAAAAAUAUCCCCUUCUUUCGGAUGAUUUGAUUUUAUCCCGGUCAAUUUGAGGCCAGUUUAAAUUUAACUCUCCGUAUUUGAAGCGCAGUUACUGUAGUUGAUGUAGCUAGCGUGAUGCCAAGCGCGUGAUCUAAGCGUGACUUCCACUUGGGUGGUCUUCACCGUUCACAGCAUUCAUUAUGUACAAAAUUAGACGAUUGCUGUUUGAAAACAUCAGCAAUAACUAAGCGCUAAAUCGGUAUAGAAACGUUUUAUAAAUGCAUAUUAUUGCUAUUUCCUUGCGUAUUGCAUAGAAAUUUGCAAGCGUCUAAAACAAGAAACCAAACAAGGGAUUCUAAUCAGACAUCAGUCUAGGAUCCAUACAAAUUACAGAAGUUGCUAUAAAUAAUUCAGGAAAUCAUAUUUAUAUAAUGCCUUUUCAUCGAUUCUAGCUGAUUUUAAUAGUUAUAAAGGUGUUUUUAUUAUUUUUUUAUUUUUUUGAAGUACCCCCCCCCCCCCCUGACCGUUUUUAGGUUCUGAUUCCGUUCUGAGGGAUUAGGUUCUAGGAUCACCGCGGUACUUUUUAAGCUAAGGGUAAACUUUUGUCGCUUGUUGUAAUGUGUAGACUGAGACAACACGUAGGGGUUUUGAAUUCAAUCUUUUAAAUUAAAACAACCUGUAUAAUGAAUAAAAUGAAUCUGUACACAAUGAA